CCCGUCCCGGCUGCUGGCGGCGGGCGAGGCUGCGUCCGCGGCGGCGAUGCCGGAGGCGGAGGAGGGCGCGGCGGGGAGCGGCGCGGAGGGCCCCGGCCCCGGCGCGGCGGCGGAGCAGGCGGGCGGCGGCGCCCCCAAGCUGUGCGGCUACCUGCAGAAGCUGUCGGGCAAGGGGCCCCUGCGCGGCUUCCGCAGCCGCUGGUUCGUCUUCGACCCGCGCCGCUGCUACCUCUACUACUUCAAGGGGCCGCAGGAGGCGCUGCCGCUGGGGCACCUCGACAUCGCCGCCGCCUGCUUCAGCUACCACCAGCCCGAGGCCGCCGCCGCCGCGGGCGACGAGGCCGCCGCCUUCGAGGUGCACAGCCCCGGCGGCGCCGUGGCCGUGCUCAAGGCUGCGACCCGUCAGGAUAUGACAUACUGGCUUCAGGAACUUCAGCAGAAGAGGUGGGAAUAUUGUAACAACCUUGAUGCAGCAAAAAGGGACAGCCGAACUUCUCCUACACCAAGUGACUUUUCCAAAGGUCUUGUUGCCAAAGACAACCCGGAGUUGAGUAUCCUGAGUCAAAAUGCUUCAGCAGAGAGAGCUAGAAAUAUUCUAGCUGUGGAGACUUCUCCUACAGACCUGGUUGGGGAGCAAGCUGCCUCCCAGCCUGCACCAGUCCAGCCAAGUACCAUCAAUUUCUCCCUUAAGCAAUGGAGUACUGAGAUCAAAAAUUCAAUGUCCUCCUUAAGAAAAGGAAAUAAUGAAAACCGCAAGAGCAUAUUUUAUACCAGUGAAGAGUGGGAAUUGCUGGAUCCAACCCCAAAAGACUUGGAGGACUCAAUGGUCCUAGAAGAAAAAAGGAAGCAGCUGGCAGAAGGAAGUAAAGGACUGACUAGUUCAGCUUUUCCAUUUGAUUUUGGCCGCAUUCCACAUAAAUCAAGACGCCCGUUAAAAGACAUGAUUGGAUCAAGCAAAAACCGGAACAGCAGCGACUCGUCUCCAACUGAGUGGUGUACUGGUAAUGGCAACAAACUAUUUUCUGAACUGCAGCUAAAAUAUCAAAGCCAGCAAGAAGAGUUGGAAAAGUUAAAGAAAGAUCUUUCGAGCCAAAAGGAACUUGUGCGACUUCUGCAGCAAACAGUCCGGUCUUCCCAAUAUGAUAAAUAUUUUGCAAGCCGUCUUUGUGAGGGGGUUCCCAAAGACAAGUUAGAACUGUUGCACCAAAAAGAUGACCAAAUUUUGGGUCUCAACAAUCAGCUUGAAAAGUUAAAUCUGGAAAAAGACAGUCUCCAGCAGGAAGUAAAGAAUCUGAAAUGUAAAGUUGGAGAACUCAAUGAGCAGUUGGGUAUGUUGAUGGAAACUAUUCAAGCUAAAGAUGAGGUGAUCAUGAAACUCUCACGUCAACUCAGUGAAUGCGAGGACAAUACAUCCUCCCAAAGUGGAGCAGUAAAUUCCUCAAUGGCUACCUGUAUUAAUAAGGAACUACAGGAACUGGACAGACUAAAAGACAAUCUUCAGGGUUAUAAGACCCAGAAUAAAUUUUUAAAUAAGGAGAUUUUGGAACUUUCUGCUCUACGAAGGAAUGCGGAAGCAAGAGAGAGAGAAUGGCAGGCAAAGUAUACUAGCUUGGAAGCGAAACUGUGUCAGAUAGAAAGUAAGUAUUUGAUCUUACUUCAAGAAAUGAAGACUCCUGUUUGUUCUGAGGAGCAGAGCUCUACUCGUGAGGUCAUUACACAGCUACUAGAAGAUGCUUUGAAAGCAGAAACUAGUGAACAACCAGAACAAGCAUUUUUCAAACCACAUCUGGUCAGCGAAUAUGAUAUAUAUGGAUUUCAGACAGUCCCAGAGGAUGAUGAUGAGGAAAAACUUGUAGCAAAAUCACGAGCUUUGGACCUGAGAUCUCUUUCUCUCAGUGAAAAUAGAGAGAUCUCUACAGGGGUAAAAUGGGAAAAUUAUCUGGCAAGUAUGAUGAAUAGAGAGAUGAUACGCUGUGUAGAACUAAAGAAUCUUAUACGAUCUGGAAUUCCACAUGAACAUCGUUCUAAGAUGUGGAAAUGGUGUGUCAAUCUCCAUGUUAAAAAAUUCAAGGACAGCACUGUUCCUGGGUAUUUCCAAACCUUGCUUCAAAACGCUCUUGAAAAACAAAAUCCUGCAUCUAAACAAAUUGAGUUAGAUCUCUUGAGAACUUUGCCAAACAACAAACAUUAUUCUUCACCAACAUCUGAGGGGAUCCAGAAGCUGCGAAAUGUAUUGCUGGCGUUUUCGUGGAGAAAUCCUGAUAUAGGAUAUUGCCAAGGUCUGAACAGGUUGGUAGCAAUUGCACUUCUGUAUUUGGAACAGGAAGAUGCUUUCUGGUGCCUAGUAACUAUAGUGGAAGUCUUCAUGCCGCGUGAUUAUUAUACUAAGACACUGCUAGGAUCACAGGUUGAUCAACGUGUAUUCAAGGAUUUAAUGAGUGAGAAACUCCCACGGCUGCAUGCGCAUUUUGAGCAGUACAAAGUUGACUAUACUCUUAUAACUUUCAACUGGUUUCUUGUGGUGUUUGUGGACAGCGUUGUUAGCGACAUCCUUUUUAAAAUAUGGGACUCCUUCCUAUAUGAGGGACCAAAGGUAAUAUUCCGAUUUGCCCUGGCACUUUUUAAAUAUAAAGAGGAAGAGAUCUUAAAACUGCAAGAUUCAAUGUCUAUCUUCAAGUACCUUCGAUACUUCACGCGCACUAUACUUGAUGCUAGGAAACUGACUGCUAUUGCUUUUGGAGACCUGAAUCCUUUCCCACUACGUCAGAUCAGGAACAGGAGGACCUAUCACCUGGAGAAAGUGCGUCUUGAACUAACUGAACUUGAAGCCAUUCGUGAGGAUUUCCUACGGGAACGAGACACCUGCAUAGAAAAGAGAGACCUUAUUAGUGAUGAUGAGGAGGAUGGUUGAAAGUACUUGACUUAAACUUUUCUUUGGGAUCAUGACCAAAGCUCAUUGAGUGAGUUAACCUCCGAUACACUUUAUUAAUCCUAUCAAACAGAAUGUAAACUAGUAGCUUUUGGAAAUAUGCAGGACAGAUUUCCAAACCCCAGCACUUUCAGAAAUACUGCUUUGUAUGGAGGCCAAACACUUCUGUUUACAACUGUGUUCAUUGAAUUGUACAUAGAGCACUUAAAUGAAUAUCUCAGUUUAGUCAAACAGCUGAAUUGCCAGUUGUUUUCCUGUAGCACACUCUUUAUGCCUAUUUGUGAAAUGGUAGUAAGGAGGUUAUCACUGUUUACUGCAUCCAUUGCCUAGGUUCUGCAUUUUUUUGAAUAAUUGUACUUUUUGUAGCACAGGCAGAAUGUGGCAGGACUUAUUUUUCAUUUACAUGUUGGUUCAGUAAAUGGUUUUUGUCAUGUUGCCCUCAAAUUAGCUGUUCUUUAGGUCACAACUAGGAAAGCAUGGAAUGAAGCACCAGAACUUUUGCAUUCCUUUGCCUUUUCCUGAAGUGACAUGAAAUGCAUCAUGGAUCAGAAUGCUUGUUUUAUUCUUUAUGUAUAUUCAAGUAGCUAUUUGUCAUGUGAAUGUUCAGUGUAUAUACUGGAACAAUGAUAUACAUCAUUUAUGCUUAUUUGGGCAGCUGUGUUGAUAAAAAUUCUAGUUAAUAUGAAGGGAUUUGUAGGUCAAAUCAUUCAGUCAAUUUUAUCCCUAUUCAGGUUUUUUUUGAGACAUUGCAGUAGCGGGAGGGGAAGCUGCAGCCAAAACCCAGCUGUUACAGAGCAUGGGACUAGCCACAGAAGUGCCAUGUUUUAAUAGCUAAUUAGUUGUGUACAUGUUAAAGGCAUGUUAAAAUUUAUUUGCAGGGCUUCUACCUAUUUAGGGUUUCAGAUAGGAUGAAGUCUUGAUCUUUUUAAAAGAAACAUAGUAACUUUUGCAUGAAUGUAUAACCAUUGUACAAUAGUGGUAGAGUUAGGAUUCUUAAAUAUUUAGCAAUGACUCAAGCCUAAAGGCCACAGCAUAUACACAAAAACUUAAGAUCCUUUUGUGGAAGAAAAAAAAAUCAAUAUUUUCGGAAUGUACUCAUCUUUGCUGUGAGUGUUGAAUGCACAUUGUACAAGUGAGUGUAAGGAAAAACUUGAGACAUGUAGCUGUAGUGUUUCUGACUAUGGAAACCUGAUUGUAGGGCCAUUCUUUCUCACUUUGUUACUAGCUAUUUUUUAAUAGCUAGUAGCUGUUUAACAGCUACUAGCUGUUUUUCAAACGGGACUUUUUUUUUUUUUUUAACUGACUGUUCUCUGAUUAGGCUCUUGCAGUAUUCUUUCUUCAGCCAUUCAGAAUGUCUGUUUUAGAUGUUUCUGGAUGGAUUAUGGUAAAACUAAUAUUCAAAUACUAGAUAGCAAAUCUCACUUUUGGUGGGCUGUUAAUUGGCAAAAAUGAAAACUGAUCAGGAAUAAAGCACCUGAAUCUUCUAUGCCAUCUGUUUUCUUUUGUUUCAAGAACAAGUGGGAUUUCUUGUCAUGUAUGUGCAUGUAAUUGUUCAGAAGAAUGUAAGGGGGGAGAAAUUCUGCUUCUGUUUCACAGCACUUUUUUUCUUUGAGAAUGUUUGUAAUGUUCUCUAAGCCUAUCAUAAGACAGUGUGUCUGGAAGGGAAAUACUUUACUGAAGUGAGGCAAAUACUGUAAUUUACUGAACUUCUUUUGAUACCUAAUGUAUACAUCUUUCUAUGUAACAUAAUUUCAAAUAAGCCAAAUCCUUACUAGUGAGGGAAACAUGAUAUGAUCUGGAUUUGUGUUACUUGUCUUCUAAAAUGUGUCCAUCUCGUCUGUUAUAAGCAGUGUGCGCCAGGGGGUUGCUAUUCUCUUGUUACUGUUGAUUGCAUACUUGAAUUAUUAGGUAGAUUUUUCAUAUUAUUGCAUGUACUGUAUUCCUUUUUUACUUACAAUUAGUAUUUGAAUAUAAAAAUGGGACCAGCUUUUCUAAUUUUCUAGUUAUACUGUCUGUUUUGAAAGAGCUGGUCUCUAAAUCACUAUAUUCUGUAAUGUUCAGUCUUUUUUUGUUUUCAUCUUUUUUCAAGUGUUAAGCUUAGAAAGAGAUUUCAUUUAAGAUCUUCCUUCCAGUGGCAAGUUGAAAUGUUAAGAUGAAUAAUUGAGAAGUAAGUACCUACCCUGUUUUUACAAAUCUAUUAUUGGGCUAUUUUGAGUCUUCCCUUUGAACUGACCCUGUUUUCACACUGAAUUCAUUAAGUGCGAAGAUUAACUUUGAGACAACUGUUUGGGAAGUUCGCUAGCUGACAAAACAUGACUUAAAAUGUUACAUUUUUUUUUUCCAAUUCUGCUGAAGGUUAGAUUUGUUACUGUGACUCAUAGAUGUUGUAACCCAGUUGUACAGUAAAAGUAAGUUUCUUAUGCUAUGUGAAUCUAGUACAUGAAUAGUAGGAAGCUUUUGGAAUUCAUGUUUCUAUUUUGUUAGCUUACAGUUGUGAAAUGAGUUUAUGAUAUUUUACGUGCAUUCAUAGCACACUGAUUUCAUUUUGUUGAGCAUCAUUACUGAUGCCUUAAAAGGUCAAAAAAAUUGAUCCGGCAUCUAAGACUUACCUCUGACCACUAGAAGUCUACAUAGACCAAAACUGAGAUGAAUAUAGCAGGAAGCCACUUCAGCAGAAGCUUGCCUUACUGUUAUGAAAGUUUUUGGAUGAAUGCUAGUUUUCAUGUGAUGCUUCAUCUGGCAAAUUGGAAGAAUAAUAACUCUUGCUAAGAAUAUGUAAGAUACACAGGCAGUAUUUAAACUGGAUGAAGCCAAACAAAAAUACAGUGUGACUUGGUCUGCAAAGCUAAACUGUGUAAAUACCAAGUAUUCACAUCUGGGAUACCCUUCCAAAGCAGUGGGUGAGGGUUUAACAUUUGUCACUUAUUAGGAAAUUGACUUGUCAAUGCAAAUAAAACCUUAAAUUGCUGAUCAUAACUGUUUAAUGUUUCUUAGUUUUGUGUAUUGUAAUGAACAUUUUUAGGCUUUUUUUUAACAUUAAGAUUAUGCACAUGUAUGAAGAAUCUCUUACGCAAGGCUCCCAAUGUAUGUUACGUAAACCAAACCACUGAGUUGCGUCCUGCGGGAUAUUCCUUCAUCCUCAUAGUUAUGCAUGACUUUUUGAUGAAACUUCUAUCUAUUGUUUAAAAUACUUUCUGUUAAAUAGUCAGAAAUCUGGUGCACUACAUGUUUAGCUAUUAAAACUGCACAGUAUUCCGGCUUUACCUGUAUAUGUCUGUAGAUGGUAUUAAGUGUUACUGGAUUUUUUUUUUACAAGCUAUGUAAUACAUAGAAAGAAUUUCUGCCUUUUAUGUGAUUUCUGUGAGAGAUUCUCCCCUUCUCAUAGUCUUUGUAAACAUGGUAAGAUACUUCAGAACAGGAAAGAUGUUUCUUCCCUAAGACAUCAAGAGUGAAUGAAUGGCUGAUCUUAAAUCUAAUGAGUUGUAUAUUUAGUCAUGGUUAACUGAGAAAUGGAAAAUUAGUCACUUUAUUUCAAGAAAAAAUGCAACUGUUUAAAUGAAUCUUCCCUUAAGUGCCAUGUUAUAAAUCAGUAAUAUGCGGUACAAGAAAUUUGAAUCACUAAAUGUAACCAAUGUUCUUUUGCUAAAGAC